GAUGUAACUUAUAUCUGCACCACUUUCUCAAUAUAAAGUUCUAUCUCGUGUCAUACAUUCAACAUAUAUAUUUCAGGGACAAUAUUCGCAAGCGAAUUGAAAAAUUCAGUCAUUCUAAUAACAUAAUACAGAAUGGAUCUAAUUUUUAUACUCUUUAUUAUUGUUAUUAUUUUAAUAACUCUCUAUUAUUAUCUCACGUGGAAUUAUGAUUAUUGGAAAAAACAAAAAAUUCCCUAUGCUAAAAAUAUAAUACCCGGUUUUGGUAAUAUGUUAUCGAUAAUUUUAUCACGACAAAGUUUUGCCGAUUUAUGUGAAAAAUUCUAUAAAAAAAAUAAUAAAUACAGUAUGUUUGGAUUAUAUCAAAUGAGAGUGCCAACAUUAUUAAUACGUGAUCCUGAAUUAGUGAAAAAUGUUUUAGUGACAAAUUUUAAUAAUUUUGCAAAUAAUCAAUUUCAAGUUGGCACAUCAAAAUUAGAUAGAAUAUUUGCAAUAAAUCCAUUUUUUUCAAAAUUUGACACAUGGAAGGAAAAUCGUGCACCAUUAUCAAAUGCAUUUUCAAGUAAAAAAUUAAAAUUAAUGUUACCCUUCAUUUUGAAUGUUGGUAAAAAUCUCGAAGAUUAUUUGAAGCGUAAAUGUAGUGAUGAGGGAAAAUUUGAAAUUGAGUUAAAACAAUUUUCCAAUAUGUUCACCGGUGAAAUUGCAGCCGCUGGAAUUGGAUUUCAAGGUCAUAAUUUUCAAGAUGAAACUGAAUCAACAAAAGGCCGCUGGGCUUAUAAGAGGUUUAUCGAAAGAUUUUUCUCUGAACCAUUUUUCACCGGUGGUAUUCAACAGGUGAUUUUUCUCUACUUACCAAGAAUGGCAAAUUUUUUUCAUCUCUCAAUGAUACCUGAAUAUGUGAAUAAAUUUUUUCACGAAACUGUGACUAAUAUUCUUAAAUAUCGAAAAAAGGAAAAUAUAAAAAGUAAUGAUUUUUUACAAAUAAUGGUUGACUAUUAUAGAGCGAAUAAUUUAAAUAUUGAAAAUAAUGAAGCACUAAUAUCGCACAUGGUAACGUUUGCUAUUGAAAUUUAUGAAUCGUCAGCAAUAACAUUGAGUUUUUUGCUAUUUCAAUUAGCGGCACAUUCUGAGAUUCAAGAAAAAGUAAGAGAAGAAGUGAUGAGAAUUUAUGAGAAAAAUGAAAAAUUGGAUUAUGAUGAUUUUAAAGAAAUGACGUAUCUUGAACAGACGUUAAAUGAAUCAAUGAGAUUGAAUCAUGUUAUUGGAACAAUGUUAAAAGUUUGUACAAAAGAAACUGAAUUAAUUGGUUCGGAUGGUCUCACUUGUAAAAUGAAACCAGGCAAUGUGGCAGUAAUAUCAACCUAUGGUUUGCAAAUGGAUCCAAAUCAUUGGCCUAAUCCAGAGAAAUUUGAUCCCGAUCGUUUUAGUGAUGAACAAAAGGCAGGACGGAAUAAAUUUACAUUCAUUCCAUUUGGUGAAGGACCAAGAAUUUGUGUUGGAAUGAGAAUGGCAACAAUAAUCAUUAAAUUGGUGGUUGCAACUAUUUUGAAAAAUUAUCAAAUUCAAGUUUCGCCAAAAACACCUUUGCCAUUGAAAAAAAAUGAAGCAAGUUUUAUGACUGCAUUUGAAAAAGGACUGUGGGUUAUCUUCAAACCAUUGUGAAAAAUAAUUUUCUCUUUUAGAAAGUUGCUUUGGAUUUCGAGGUAAAAAUCAACAGAGGAAUCAAUAUAAAAAACCAGGAAAGUAAAAUAAAGGAAAAUUUGUUCAGAAUCUACAAUUUCUAUACAAAAAUAAAAACAAUUUGUUAAAACAAUAAACAAAAUCAACUACAGCAGAGUAGUUACUUAAAAAAAAAGUGUCAAGUAAAUAAAAUGAUAUCUUUUAAGAAUCCAUAUAUGCAUAAAUUUUCAAGAUAACUGUAAAUUCUUAACUUAUCUCAAAAAUGUCACUUAUAUUUAACAACAAUUAUGUUUUAUUACAUAUUUUUUCGAAAUAAAAAGAUUUUCCUUAAGCAUUUUAA